CUAAAGCUGCGCAUAAUGGCUUCAACAAUUCGUAGUAUUUGCAAAGCAUAAAUGGAUCACCAAGCAGGCCUUUUUCGUUCAGAAUGAUUGCAUUCACGUUUUUGAAUCCUAAAACCGCCAUUAGCACCAUUGUCCUCAGAAAGGUCUCACCUUUAUCUCUUCUCCGUGCUGUGAGCCAUUACUCGUGCCUCGGAGCAACAGCCACCAGAGAAGAACAAGACACUGUCGCGCUCCCGAGCUUCGACUUGCGAGAACAAGUCCUCGUCUCCCUGUUUCAUCCAUGCUCCACUAUGCGCGAGCUCUCCCAAAUCCACGCUCUCAUCAUAAGAUCCGGCUUUGCUCAGCAUGUCUUCGUCGUCGGCCGCCUUAUCUCCUUCUGCGCCGUCUCCGAAUUGGGCUCAAUGAAGUACGGCAAUGGUGUCUUUGAAGAACUAAACUUGCCAGAUGCAUUUAUUUACAACACCAUGAUCCGAGGCUUCGUGAGAACGGGAAGCGACGAAGAGGCUUUGACCUGCUUCAAGAGGAUGAGGAAGGAUGGGAAAGCAGCGGAUAACUUCACCUUCUCCUUCCUCCUGAAGCUAUGCGGUAAGUUAUCAAUGGUCGAGCUAGGGAAACAGGUGCAUUGCUCUCUUCUUAAGGAUGGAUACGAGGUUCAUACCUUCGUGCGGAACACCCUUAUUCAUAUGUACGCAAUGUUCAGACAUUUGGCAGCUGCACGCCACCUAUUUGAUGAAAUGCCUGUUAAGGAUUUGGUCUCCUGGAACGCUCUUAUUGAUGGACUAGUCCAUUGUAUGCAGUAUAAAGAAGCAUUAAGACUGUUUGUGAAAAUGCAGGAAAGUCGCAUUGUUCCGGAUGCAGCCACAUUUGUCGUGGUUCUUUCUGCCUGUGCAGAGUUUGGUGAGCUGAGUUUUGGUCAGCGAAUUCAUUCCAAAAUCAGUACCUGUGUGCUGGAUGAGUUCAUCUCUGUAUCAAAUUCUUUGAUUGAUAUGUAUUCAAAGUGUGGGGCUAUUGACUUGGCGAUCCUGGUUUUCCAAGGGAUGAAAGAGAGGAACACAGUGUCAUGGAAUUCGAUGAUUCUAGGACUAGCAAUGCAUGGCCGUGCACGUGAUGCUUUGCAUCUAUUUGAAGAAAUGCGGCUAAGAGAGGUUGAUGAGCCCAAUGGCAUUACCUUUCUUGGUGUUCUUUGUGCUUGCAGCCAUGGAGGUUUGGUUGAAGAAGGAAAAAGAUACUUCCAUUGCAUGAAAAGGGAUUAUGGAAUUGACCCUGCUGUGCAGCACUAUGGAUGCAUGGUAGAUCUUCUUGGGAGAACUGGGCUGUUAGGAGAGGCCUAUGAGCUCAUAAGAAGCAUGCCCAGUGGGGGGAAUGCUGUGAUGUGGAGAACAUUGUUGGGGGCUUGCCGAGUUCAUGGGGACCUUGAGAUGGGGGAGAGUGUAAGGAAGCAUCUUAUAGAAUUGGAGCCUGACCAUAGCAGUGAUUUUGUACUACUUUCACAUAUGUAUGCAAUGGUUGGAAGAUGGAAUGAUGUGCUUAAUGUUAGAGAGGAUAUGUUAGGGGUGGGAGUUCAGAAGCCGCAACCAGGAAACAGCUUUAUUGAUUCCUUUCCUUGUGCCGAGAUGUUGACCCCUACACAUGGUAUACCAUAGAAAUAAAGGCACAGAUUUUAUUUCCAGCGAUUUGGAAACAUACUGAAGAAGUAACGGUCUUUCUCUUCUUUCGCACUUUUCUUCGGCAAAUUCGGUAGAGACAAAAAAAUAACGGAGAUGAACAGUGCAACGCCAAUAUUGGCGUCACAUUAUUCACCUGCAACCAAAUAGCGGAAAUUUAACCGUUCGGCUGAAGCUCGCGAGCAACGCUAUUCAUACGUUUGGAGUUCGGUUGGAGAAGGCCUAAGAAUGAACGGUGAUGAAGUAAUAAUGAAGCUGGUUUUGUAGCUGGGAUAUGGCUGGUGAUCUUAUUCACUGUUCCUUAUAUGCUUGGGCAUGGACAUUCAAAGAAAUCCCCUGAUUUCUCAGCCAGUUAGGCUUGGCCAAAUGCGUUGGAGGAGCUGUUUCAAUUGAACCUGGUGUGGCGUUGUUACUGUUCUGUUCUACCUGAUGUGUACCUUUAAUCGUGUUACUCGGGAAUUACCAUCACUAUGGAAGUUUCAAUCUAGUAUAUGGUGCAAUGGAAAUUAAGCCCUCGUUGCAGGAUUCAUUCUUGCACUUGGAUUCAUUGUUUCACCGGGCAAUGCUCGAAGAACACACAACAGGCUCUUUCGUUUGUGGAAUUCUGGCAAGUGGAAGCAGUCUUGGAUGUAAUGGUUCUUACUCAUACUAGGCAAUUCUAGUGGUGGAAAUUGGUACCAGAAAAAAAAAAAACAAGAAAUGGAUGGGCAGAGAACAUCAGGGACUGCUUUAAAUAAAUUUGCGGGAGAGGUGCAGUUUAAUUUACCCUAAGGGCUCAUUUGGUUGUAGUUAGAGAACUUGUUUUAGAAAUUUAUUUCAUUCAUUCAUUUAUGUGACAAUAAAAUCAUUAUAUUUGGGGGAGUU